GUCUACACCACAUUCAGUCCCAACAAAUCCGGCUGUGAACAGCUGCCUUUAGUACAAGAAUCACAAUGAAAAAGAAAAACAAGAUGGGAGAAAAUUCUGUAUACUUUUUGUUUAUAUGGCUGCUUUCCGUUCAUGCAGAAGUAACCUUUGGUAACACCAUCAUACAACCUACAAGAUUAUUAAAUAAUUAUGUUAACAGUAAUGCUGAUGAAAAUAAUUCUCUUCUGGAAAUUAGUCACAUCACUUCUGAUUCUAGACUGGCAGCCAACAGUAAUGACUUCUUACCUGAAACCUUUCAAGACAAAAAGAACUCUACAUACUUAUCAAGCCAACUGGACUCUCAAGGGUCUGCCAUUUUAGGUUCUAUAACACCAAACGAAAAUCUGUCACUGCCCAGUUUAACCAAUGAUAAAGAUAAUGUCAGCAGUGGUUUACUUAUAAAUCAAACUAAGGGUUUAAACCUUUCUACCGAAAAUCCUGAAAAUUUGCAUUUGACACCUCUUAACCUUUGGACAGCUCAUGAAAACAUAACCAAUGGCAACAAAAGUAAUCUCACUGAAAACCGCUCUGAUUAUGAAAAUGUUCAUGAUACCUAUAUUGGGGGAGUGAACGUGCAAAACUAUUCUGAAAACAAAAAGACAUCUGGUGCAAACAAGCUGCUUGCUUUGUUUCUUGGAAUGGCUGGGGUGCUGAUCUCUCUGCUCAUUCUAGUCUACUGUAUUUAUAGUCGGCAGCACAAGGAGGAAAUGUUUUCUCACCAAAGGCUUCAUGGAGAGGGAUUUGAAGACCCAGUGCUACACCUGGAUACUCCUGUGGAUCACUUUGACUUCUUCUCCUUUAGAGACACUGAUAUCACUCCUGUUCAGACACCAGAGCUAAAAUACCUACACAACACUGAAUACAAAGCUAAUAAAGACUCUAAAUUUAAAGCUCCAAAUGGCACAUCUUCCAAUGAGAACCUGAGACAGAUUAUCCUUUUGGGAUCCCUUAACAAUACAAUAGAGGGCAAAAACUUUACAUAGAGAGCAUAUUUUGAAAGAGAACUCUUUUUUUAUUAAUUAAUCAACUGUUAUUCUGAGAUGAGGCAAGAUGACAACCUACUGAGUUUUGUUGAAGCCUAGUUGUGUCUAUGUGUAUAGAAGUCUAUUUGUAGAUGAGACUAUGGGGCAUAUGUAUGAAGCUCCGAAUGGAGCUUGAUGCCCCUGCAGGCUCGCCAGAAACAGCAGUUAUGAAGCAGCGGUCACAAAGACCGCUGCUCCAUAACCUGUCCGCCUGCUCUGAGUAGGCGGACAGACAUUGCUGGAAAUCAACCCGAUCGAGUACGAUCAGGUUGAUUGACACCCCCCUGCUGGCAGCCCAUUGGCCGCGAGUCUGCACGGGGCGGCAUUGCACCAGCAGCUCUUGUGAGCUGUUGGUGCAAUGCUGAAUACGGCAAGCGUAUUGCUCGCCGUAUUCAGCGAGGUCUGUCAGACCUGAUCCGCACUGUCGGAUCAGGUCCGACAGACCUUGAUAACUAGAGGCCUAUGUGAUUAAAUGUUUGCAGAUAGAUGCAUUUGUAACCAAAAAAAGGUAUAUAGUAAUUAAAUAUGCUGUAAAAGCCCUCUGUGGUAGUAUUAAGUUCAUUAAUAGAGUAAUAAGCAUGGCUUUUCUGUAUAUAGACAUAUUUGACUAAUCAAUCAAACAUAUUACAACAAGAUAAACUUAUACAAAAUGUAAACCCAGCGCUGCACUAAAUGUGUAAUUUUUUUAUUUGACAUUUUCAGCGAGCAGUUAUUAAAAUGGCCAGCUUGAAAAUACAAACUACAUUUAAUCCA